GCAACAAAUAUUAUAAUAAUAAAAAAAAUCCUUUAGCAAGCCCCCACACCUUUUGUGUCCUCCUGCUGAAUGCUGAUCUUCAUUUCAGAUUAUGCUUAUCUACACUAUAAAUACAAAAAAAUAUUUCCUUGAUUUGCUCAACUUCCUCUCGAUCUUUCUCCCCCUCCCUCGAUAUUGACCCAUCAACACCCUCUCGCAGUGAAAGAACAACCCCACAGCACACUUUAAAAACCCCUGCAAAAAAUCAACAAAUUUAUUAUUAAAAUUCGUUCGAGAGCUGUAAUUCUUCUUUCUUUUUGUUGAUCAGCAUCUUGUGUGGGCAAAUUCGCAUGGCGGUGGAUGAAAAAGGUAGGAUCUUGGUGACCGGCGGAGCUGGUUUCAUCGGCACGCACACGGUGCUGCAGCUUUUGAAGCAGGGGUUUAAGGUUUCGAUCGUCGACAACCUCGACAAUGCGGUCGAGGAAGCCGUUCACCGGCUCAGGCAGCUGGCUGGGCCUCACCUCUCCCAGAAUCUCGACUUUCAUUUGGGGGAUAUCAGAAAUGUGGAGGAUUUGGAGAAAUUGUUUUCACAGACCAAAUUUGAUGCGGUGAUCCAUUUUGCCGGGCUGAAAGCCGUUGGUGAGAGUGUAGCUCACCCGUUGAGAUAUUUUGAUAACAAUUUAUAUGGCUCGAUUAAUCUGUACAAAAUAAUGGCAAAAUACAAUUGCAAGAAGCUGGUUUUUUCUUCAUCCGCCACAGUGUACGGGCAGCCUGAAAAAAUCCCUUGUCUGGAAGAUUCGGAAUUGAAGGCCAUGAAUCCUUAUGGUCGCACAAAGCUAUUUCUUGAAGAAAUUGCUCGGGACAUUCAGAAGGCCGACCCAGAAUGGAGGAUGAUUUUGCUAAGGUAUUUCAACCCAGUGGGGGCCCACGAGAGUGGAAUGCUUGGUGAAGAUCCAAAAGGGAUACCCAACAAUCUAAUGCCUUAUAUAACACAAGUGGCUGUCGGCCGAUUACCUGAGUUAAACGUUUACGGUCAUGAUUAUCCCACACCCGAUGGCAGUGCGAUUCGAGACUACAUUCAUGUUAUGGAUUUAGCAGAUGGUCAUGUAGUUGCGCUUGAGAAGCUUUUGGAACGAAAGGAUAUAGGUUGUGUUGCGUACAAUUUGGGGACAGGUCAAGGCACGUCGGUUCUUGAAAUGAAAAUCCCGAUUAAACUGUGUCCGAGAAGGCCUGGAGAUGCAACAGCUGUUUACGCCUCGAUUGAAAAAGCUGCAAAGGAGCUUGGUUGGAAGGCGAAAUACGGUAUAGAUGAAAUGUGCAGAGAUCAAUGGAAAUGGGCGAGUCAGAACCCAUACGGAUACCAGUCCAAGUCUUGAACCAGAAAAUCGUGGAAAAGCUCGAAACCAUUAAAUCAUACGUUCGCUUUGAGUGCAUCGUAAUUUUUCGCAAUUUUUCGCCAAUUAUUUCCAGGGCAAUGUAUUAAUCAGAUUGCUGUAUUGUGCUGAUUUUAAAUCUCUUCAAUAAAAAAUAAAAAAAAAAUCAAAGGAUAAUUGUGAUUUUGUGUUUUCCCACAAAAAAGGAGAAGAAGAAACAAAGAAAAUUCGAGCAUGUGUAGAAAAUCUGGAAAGAUCGAAGUUCCCCAGUAAAACGCUUAAAGGCGAAAACGAAUGUCAGUUGAUUCCAUAUUGCUCCAACAGAAAAACGUGAAAAUUAUCAUAACAACUUGAAUGCUAUAUUGUUAUUCCAUUACCAAAUUUGACAACAA